UGAGGAGGAGGAGGAACAGGAAGAAGAGGAGGAAGGAGCAUCAGCAGCAGGACACACAGACACACAGACGGACCGUCGGAGGAUCACGGAGCCUCCGCCGCCGCCUCUGAGCUGCUGCAGCCGGACACAGAAGCAGCAGACCCGGCCGCAGACACGGAGCCAUGGCCGCUGAAGACAACCCAUCCACGGCCUGCACCGGCUCCAGCCUGCUGCAGCCGGUCAGCGAGAUCACCAACCUGCCGCUGGACCAGGUGAACUUUGUGGUGUGUCAGCUCUGUGCUUUGCUGUCGGCCUUCUGGUUUCGUCUCUUCCUUCAUCCCAGUAAAACCAGUCCCUUCAUCAGACACGUGGUGGCCACUUUACUGGGACUCUACUUCGCUCUCUUCUGCUUUGGCUGGUGAGACAGAAAAAUAAAUAUUUGAUUUAAAGAUACAGACACAAUCAGACAGUUAUUGUUACAUGAACAGUUUUAGAGGUAUUAUUUCAUGAGGUAGAGUACAGGGCAGUGGUGGAGAAAGUAUUCAGAUACUUUACUUUAGUAAUAGUACUACUGCCACGCUUUAAAAAUACUCUGUGCUUCAGUAAAAGUACUGCUUUGAAAAUGUUACUUUAAGUAAAAGUAUAUCAGGAACAUUUGGUUAAAGGUGGAAUGUAACUACGAACAUUUACUCAAGUACUAUAUUUAAGUACAAUUCAAGGUACUUGUAAUUCUUGUAUAUCCAUUAUCUGCUACUUUAUACUUCUACUACU